CACCAGAAGCUCCAAGAAGUACCUAAACAACGACGACUCUCCUCCACUCCUUCCAGUUCCAUCCUCUAUUCCCUCCCCCUCUACAUACUCAAGAGGUGUCACAAUGCGUCCCAAGACCUCGAAACCCACUAGCGAUGAGCUUCUCGCUCAAUUUGACAACCUCGGCGUCGAGUCACCCGCAGACCAGCCUACCAAGCCGGCAGCCGCAGCCACUUCCCAGACAGAUGAGGAUAUCCUAGCUGAGCUGGGAAAUCUCGCCUCCCAGCGCCCAAGCAGUGGGCCUGGAACUCCUCGUGUGUCGAUUACAGAGACUAGGUCGCCGACGAAGUCGCCUAAGCCAGGUCGGUCUAGUGAGGAGAAGCCCGCACCGCGGAAGUCGGGAGAAAGUGUUCGGUCGGCUCGUGCAGGGAAUAAAGCGGCGGAGGUGCAGACUGCUGAGGAGGAGAAGCCCACUGCCAGUAGCGGUGGAUGGUGGGGAGGUAUCUUUGCAACUGCCAGUGCGACUGCUAGUGCAGCAAUAAAGCAGGCCGAAGCCGCAGUGAAAGAAAUCCAGCAUAACGAAGAAGCUCAGAAGUGGGCCCAGCAAAUGAAAGGGAAUGUUGGGGCUCUGAGGGAACUAGGUGGCGAGCUUCAAAAGAUGGCCAUCCCUACAUUUACGUCUCUUAUUCACACCAUCGCACCCCCAAUUUCAUCUCACGAACGACUCCAAAUCCACGUUACACACGACCUAUCUGGCUACCCGAGCGUGGAUCCUCUCGUCUACGCCGUCUUCUCGCGCGUUAUGUCCCAAGUCGAAGGCGGCGAUCUCCUCGUCAUCCAGCGCGGCCAGGAAUCCGCGCCCAAACGUGGGCACGACAACAGCGCCUCAACUGCCGGCUGGCACGACGGACCCUGGUGGCGCACAGUCACCCCUGGUAACCCGCGCUGUGUUUCAGCCGUGCCCGGCCUCGUGGAGGCAACUAAGCUUUGUCGUGCCAGCGCGGAGGCCUACGCCGCCGAGUACUUCGCCUCGAAAGGUGGGGUGGAAGAAGCAGCCAAACAAGCCACCCAGAUUCUGAGCGAGUCCAACCCCGUUCGCAGCAGCGACAUCUUCCUCGCCAUCCAAGCCAUCACCCAAAACUCCCCCACAGAGCUAUUCCAGGCCGGCCCUACCUCGGAGAAAGCCACCGCGACAGGCAUCGUCGACGGUCCCAACCCAGCCAACGACGAAAUCACCUUCGCUCUCUACCUACACGACCCGAUCCACGGCAUCGCCUUCCACACAGUCUCCCAAGCUAUCCCCCAGAAAUGGAUCGAGUGGCUAGACGCCUCAGCGCCCGCUGCUGCUACAGCUACAGAAGAAGACGGAACUGACGCCUCCUCCGAGGAUCACUACCCGCACGCGAUCAUCCCGGAAGAGAUUGCCGAAAUCGUCGAGAACGGUGGCGUGGAUCCGCGUGAGUGGGCUGCAGAAUGGAUGGAGGAAACGCUUUUACUUGCGAUUGGAGUGGUUGCGCAGCGCUAUGUGGCUCGCAGGAUGGGCGUUGGCGAGAUCGGAGCAACGAAGGGGAAGAUGCGUGCUGAGCAGGUAUCAGUUGUAGAGAGUGGAGCUGGGGAAGCUGCGCGGGCGCUUUAAUUUCAACGUACUCCGUACCUACCUAUGUACUCCGACCUAGUACGGAGUAGUUCGAGUCAUGAAUUAAGUUUCUUUUCUUUUCUUUUCUUUUGGUCUUUCUUCUUCUAUAGUUAAUAUUUAGUAUCUAUUCCUUACUACUCCAUUCC